AAGAUGAGGACUGCAGUUCUGCUGUUUGUCGUGGGUUUGUGUGUGUUGAACGUCGCGUCUUCCCUGAAGAUCUGCGCCUUCAAUGUUCAGAGCUUUGGUGAAUCAAAGGCAAACAACAAGAAGGUUAUGGGGAUUCUUCUAAAGAUUCUUUCUCGGUGCGACUUGUGUCUCAUUCAGGAGGUCAGAGACUCUAAAGGAACAGCAAUCCAAGCUUUGGUUAAGGAUCUCAACAGCAGGUUUGACAAAUCCAACUCAUACUCCUAUUUGGAAAGUAAAAGACUGGGGAGGAAGACUUAUAAGGAGCAGUAUGUUUACAUUUACAGGAACAAUGUGCUGACGGUCAAAGAGCAUUAUCAGUAUCCUAAAGGAGAAGGAGAAGGAACCGAUGAGACAGAUGUUUUCUCCAGAGAGCCUUUCAUCGUUCGCUUUCACUCCCCAACGACAUUGGUGAAGGAUUUUGUCCUGAUUGGGCAGCACACCUGUCCAAGAAAUGCCAUGAAGGAGAUUGAUGAGCUGUAUACUGUCUUCAAAGGAAUUUACAAGAAGUGGAAGACUGAUAAUGUGAUGAUCUUAGGGGACCUUAACGCCGGUUGCAGCUACGUCACCAUCAAGGGCUGGAGAGCUGUGCGCUUGAGGAGUGACCCCAAAUUUCGCUGGUUAAUUGGAGAUGAGCAAGACACUACUGUCCGUGAGAAGUCGCACUGUGCCUAUGACAGGAUCGUUGUCCACGGACGUGAGAUUAUUUCCAGUAUAGUGCCAGGUUCAGCUCAACCGUUCAACUUUAAAAAGAAUUUCCACCUUACAGAGGAGGAGGCUCUUGAGGUGAGUGAUCAUUUUCCUGUUGAAGUUGACCUGAAGCCUAACCACCGCUACCUCCUCCGCAAUGAGCUGUAGGACAACCAGCAACACACCAGAAUGAUUUUAACUGAUUUUGUACUGGAUUUUAGUUGUCAAAAUAAAUCAAGGUUCCAACAAAAUAUUCACUGACAACAACAGUUCUUUUUUAAUGUCUCUAACUCAUCACCAAAGUGGCACUGUACUCUCAAUUAUAUUAGACACCAUAAACAUGAGUUGUUUCAGCAUGAAGGAACAACUGCUGCCGUUUAUAUUGUGCAUCU